GCGCAAUUUACAGAGUGAAAAAACCCCUUUCCCUUUUCACACACACAAAUCUUGCCAUUUCUGUGUGAAAAGUACACGCAUUAUCGCUGCGAAGCUCUACUUCACUCCCAGUGACGCUAGGGUUUCACUCCAGCCAUGUGAGUGCCUUGCUACGCCGGCUUUUGAGUUAGGGUUUUCGCUUAAUUUUAAAGGUUACCGCUCUCAAAUCCCGAUUUAGAUGGGGAAUUGCUGCAGAUCUCCGGCAGCCGUCGCCAGAGAAGACGUCAAAUCUUCCAACUUCUCCGGCCACGAUCACGGCCGGAAGGAUAAAUCGUCGGGAAAUGUGAAAAAGGCGAUCACAGUUCUGACAGAUGUGAAGAAGGAUAACAUUGACGAUAAGUAUCUAAUCGACAGGGAGCUCGGCCGCGGCGAGUUCGGAGUCACUUAUCUCUGCAUUGAUCGGGAGACGAGGGAGCUGCUGGCCUGCAAGUCGAUAUCCAAGCGGAAGCUACGGACGGCGGUGGACAUCGAGGAUGUGCGGCGGGAGGUGGCGAUAAUGAAGCAUCUCCCGAGGAACUCCAGCAUUGUCAGCUUCAAGGAGGCCUGCGAGGACGAGAAUGCGGUGCAUUUGGUGAUGGAGCUGUGCGAGGGCGGGGAGCUGUUCGACAGGAUCGUGGCGCGUGGACAUUACACGGAGCGGGCCGCGGCUGCCGUGAUGCGGACGAUUGUAGAGGUCGUGCAGCUCUGCCACAAGCACGGCGUGAUCCAUCGGGAUUUGAAGCCCGAGAAUUUCCUGUUCGCGAAUAAGAAGGAGAAUUCGCCGCUUAAAGCUAUCGAUUUUGGCUUGUCGAUCUUCUUCAAGCCUGGUGAAAGGUUUUCUGAAAUUGUGGGGAGCCCUUACUAUAUGGCUCCAGAGGUUCUAAAGCGAAGCUACGGCCCAGAGAUAGAUAUAUGGAGUGCUGGCGUGAUUCUCUAUAUAUUGUUGUGUGGAGUUCCUCCUUUCUGGGCUGAAUCUGAACAAGGCGUUGCCCAGGCCAUCAUACGUGGGAAAAUAGACUUUGAGCGCGAACCGUGGCCAAGUAUUUCAGAUAGCGCCAAGAGCCUUGUAAGACUGAUGCUAGAACCUGAUCCGAAGAUUCGGCUGACUGCAAAGCAAGUUCUUGAACACACUUGGCUUCAGAAUGCAAAGAAGGCGCCAAAUGUUCCCCUUGGGGAUGUAGUCAAGUCACGUCUGAAGCAAUUUUCAUUGAUGAACAGAUUCAAGAGGAAGGCUCUUAGGGUGAUUGCUGAUUUCUUGUCUAACGAAGAAGUUGAAGGUAUCAAAGAGAUAUUUGCUAAGAUAGAUACAGAUAAUGAUGGUAAAGUUUCAAUUGAAGAACUGAAGGCUGGGUUAUUGAAAUUCAAUGGGCAAAUGGAUCCAUCUGAAGUGCAAAUGCUCAUUGAAGCUGUGGAUACAAAUGGUAAAGGAACCUUGGACUAUGGUGAAUUCCUUGCAAUUUCACUCCAUCUGCAGAAGAUGGCCAAUGAUGAACAUCUCCACAAGGCUUUCUCAUACUUUGACAAAGAUGGGAAUGGUUACAUUGAGCAUGAUGAGCUUCGAGAUGCCUUGAUGGAAGACGGAGUUGAUGACUGUACAGAUGUGGCAAAUGAUAUAUUCCAGGAGGUUGACACAGACAAGGAUGGGCGUAUCAGCUAUGAUGAAUUCGUUGCCAUGAUGAAAACUGGGACAGACUGGAGAAAGGCUUCUCGACAUUACUCAAGAGGAAGAUUCAACAGUUUGAGCAUAAAGUUGAUGAAGGAUGGUUCUAUAAACUUGGGUGAGUAAAUAUGCAUUGGUUGUCAGUUUCUUUUCCACGUGUAUGAGUUGUCAAGUCCAUCGAUCUUGUCUUCGUUAUCAUUACUUUGAGGCCUGCUUUGUAUUAAUUGGGGUUUUUAUUGGUUGCUGGGCAUCAUGGUUGAGGCAAAUUCAUCUGAUUAAGCCCUCCUUGGCUUGACCAAAACCGGCCCAGCUCCGCCAAAGCCCCAUCCGACCAUAUGUGUGUUCCUUUUCUCUCUUCUCUAUCAGCUCUCAGGUAUUCUUGUGGACAAUGUAGUAAAUAUUUGGUCGGAGAGUUGUCUUUUAAUGCAUAUCAAGUUUGUGCA